UUCGUUCACUCUAACUAAGUCAAUUCCGCAGUUGAGAUCCAAACACCAAUCCAUCGCCGCCGCAAAAAUGCCGCCGGCCGCCCUCCUCCUCCUUCUUCUCCACCACCUCCUCCUUACCUCCGCCGCCCCGAUCUCCGGCCUCGACUCCUUCCUCUCCCUCCAAGCCCGCAAAGAUCCCCCCGCCUCCAACGACUCCUUCCUCUCCCUCCCCUCCUCCAUCAAAACCUCCCUCUCCCACCCCCUCCCCACCCACUGCCGCUGGCUCUACGACACCUACCUCUCCUCCGACCCCGAUCUCUCGCCUCCCCGUCCCAGAAGCCUUCCAAAGAGCCCAAACCCUAAAACUCAAACGACGAGAUCUACACCGCCGACCGCGAAGUCGCUUCCCGACCCCCUCUCCCUCACCAUCUCCCCUCCCACUUCCACUCCCAUCCGCUCCUCCCUCACCCCCUGUGCCCCACUCCCUCGUCGAUCAAUGAUCAUCCGCGACGAUUUCGACAAGGAGAAACACGCCAAUUCCUUCCACAUCUACAUCAUCCACCUCGGUUCGCAGCAGACCAAACCCUACGCUUACAGUUAUACCCCCGGCGAGAGCUCCCCCGGUUCGACCAAAUGCCUCGGCACAAUCUGGACCGGAAAAGACCGCUAUUUAUGGAUCGAUUUGGGAGCUGGACCGGUCGAUUACGGUCCUGCUUUAUCCGGCGAUGGAGUUAUCCCCAAAGGUGAGUUUCAUCCGAUGGCAGCGCUCCAUGGCCGGCCUAAAUCUCAGAAGGCGCUGCUCUCUGACUUGGCGUCGCUUGUGUCGAGUGCUUAUCAGGUACUGCUGGUUCCAUCUCUGAGGAUUCCUGUGCCUUUUGAAAGUAAAUUGGUUGUUCAAUUCAUUCAUAUCAGUGGCGGUGAAGGUUUUGGUAGUGGUAGUGUGGGAUUGGAUUGGAAUUCAAUUGAGAGGAAUUUCAGAGAUGAUGUUAAUGACCGUGGAUUGUUGGUUGGGGACCAGAGCUUGAGUUUCAAGAGAUAUGAAUUGAAGUAUUCAGAGUGCUCUAUAUGUUCGUUUGCGAUUGCUAGGGCUACCACUUCAUACACGUCUAGAUACUUGUUUGAUAACUAUACUUUGAUUGUGAGUGAGUAUUUGGAUUCGAAGCGUUUGCAUCAGACGAUUUUGGAAUCUAAUAAUGAGUUUAGGAGGGUGGGUAGGAUUCCUGAGGAGGAAUUCGGGAGAAUUCUUCCAGUGUAUGUCUUUGAUCUUGAUAUCAAUGCGAUACUGUUGCUCGACCGGUAUCACCAGUCCGUGGCGUUUAAGGACAUGGUGAUAGCGAUCAGGACGAAGAGCACGCAGGCUGUGAGUGACUACAGCUGCAAUGGGCACCACGUGUUCAUACAGACUCGUGAGCUUGAGAGGCCGUUGGUAGGCUCGAUCUUGCAGAGUAUGUGGGGCGUUUCUCCAACUCAUACGGUAUGGAGCCCGAGGCACAACAGCUCGCUCAUGGACUAUACGUGGAGCGUUGGACAGACCCCGUUUGGGCCGUUCUCGGAGAUGCCCACAUUGUCUUUUGUCCAGAAGGAUGCUGCCCGUAGGAAUGUGUUCCUUACUUCGUUGAACUACAGCGUCACGAGUGGGAUUGAUGUUCUUGAGUCGAUUGCUGCACAUGGCGGGGAGAGGAAGCUUCUGGGGCAUAACAGGCGGACUGAGUUCUACCAGAGGUGGAACUUGUUUAGGUACAAGCUGGAGAAGUCAAUCUCUGCUCUUUCACAUUUUGACUACGAGAUGGCAUUGUACUACCUGAGGUCAUCUGAUCACGACCUGUAUGGGAUGCACUCGCUCGUGUACCAAGCGUCCCAGGAGCUGGAGGCGUCGCUUGUCUGCUUCAAGGAUCCACCGUUUCCAUGGGCGUCCUUUCUCAUGUCUGUUGGGAUUUGUAUUGCUUUGGUCUACGCAUGUGCGAAAAGGGACAAGUUUUUUCAAAACAAGAGGAAACAGUUUUGAGGUUUUGCAAAUGUUAGGCUUCUUAGCAUGUCUGGAUCAACAAAUCUGUAUUUCAAGUGGAGAGGUGAUUGCAAUGUAUAAUUCACUGGUUCGAGGAAUGGAUUUUUGUUCAGCUUUA